CAAAGCCUAUCUGAGACAGCUUUCUGCUCUUCCAAGUGUCCCUGUGGAAGCAACAUGGGUGCCCAGCGCGCUUCCCUCCUGUUCCUUGCCUGUGUGUUGGCUCUGCCUGCCCCACUUCUCACCGAGACCAUCCAAAACCUAUCCCUCUUCAAGCGAUCUGUCUCGAAUACCACCGCACUUCGUCUGACCACGUUUGUGAAUGGUCAGGUCCGGCUGGUGAAUGGCUCCAACCAGUGCUCUGGACGGGUGGAGAUUUGGUACCGUGACGCUUGGGGGACGGUGUGUGAUGAUGCCUGGGACCUGAAGGAUGCCUCUGUCGUGUGUAGGCAAGUGGGCUGUGGAGCUGCAAUAUCAGCCCCAAGUUCUGCUCAUUUUGGGAGAGGAUCUGGGUCUAUCUGGCUGGACGAUGUUAACUGCACUGGAAAGGAGCAGUUCCUCACUGAGUGUAAGCUGAAGGCAUGGGGAGAACACAACUGUGGUCAUAACGAGGAUGCAGGUGUUGUGUGCUCAGGUUGGCCCAAGGACUGCAGUGAGGUCCCCGCUGGCAGCCCCAGUGGCAUCUACAUCAUCCAGCCCGCAGGACUCCACCACCUCGUGGUGUACUGUGAAAUGAAUGUGACAGACGGGGGCUGGACGGUCAUCCAGAGGAACCGCUACAACACAGAGAUCACCUGGGCCGAAUCCUGGAGCACCUACAAGUACGGCUUUGGGGACGUGCAGAGUGACUACUGGCUAGGCACCGAGUACAUCUAUCAGAUUGCCAAGCAAAAGGUCUACCAGGUCAAGUUUGUCAUCCAGGACGCCACAAACGCAACCAAGUUUGCAGACUACAAUCUCUUCAGUCUGGAAGAUGAAUCCCAUGGCUACCAGUUGAGAUUGGGCUCCUACACAGGGACUGCAGGGGAUGCCAUGGCCUCAAACAGUCCCACCACUCUGCACGACAACAUGAAGUUCUCUGCUAAAGACCGGGAUCAGGACACUUCCACUGGGAACUGUGCCUCCAGCAGUGGGGGUGGGUGGUGGUACUCAGCGUGUUAUUCUGUACGGUUGAACGUCAAGGGUGGCAUAACAUGGGGUGGCCUGUGUAAUGGGAACUGCAAAGCCUCUCUCAUCCUCAUCAAACCAGCUCCCUAUUGUUAGCACUUCUUCCAUGCCUGUCUGCAUUGGGCACAUGGCCAGACCAGUGCUCUGCUGGGCUGCUCUUUCCUGCCUUGGCGUGGAGUGGGUGAAAGUGAGGGAGAGCCUGGUUUAUCAAGAGAUUCUCUUCUGCUUCUUCUGCAGAGUUCCUCUGCUUUCCUUUCUGAGUUCUUCCUCUUUGGGCUGUUAUCAUUUUAACUGUAUUAUAAUCAAUCUAAUACAUUGCAAAACUUGUUUGUCUGGAACUUGUAUGUCUGUUCUGGAGAGUAAAAUGUGCUUAGCAACAUAAUUCCUGGAUGGGUUUCCGCAGGCAUACCCAGAGAAAAAGGUCCCUAUUCUUAGCUGUAUAAUGAAUCAGGCCCUUUCUCUUCAGGGCUUCUGCCACCCUCUCAUUAGCUGGGGUUGAGGGAAGGAUAAAGCUUCCUUAUUUCUUAGUAAAGCUGAGCCUUGAACUAACCCCAUGUUCACUAGCUGAAAAUGUGGCCUCUAGACCUACACCUGGAGAGGUGUUUUUGCCCAUGCUGGGUCUCUGUUCAGUGGUUGUUAAAGCCUUAAAUAAAAUCCCAUUUCUGAGCAACACC